CUCCAACUCCCAAACACUGUCAGGAUAUGGUAGCCAAGGAGGAUGGUCGGGUUAAGGAGGUUGAAGCCAAGUUCAACAAGCUGAUGGCGGAUAAUAAUAUUGUUGGAGAGUUCGUUGUUCUACAUGGAAAAGAUACAUGGCACGAUGUUAUUCAAUAUCAGGAGAAAGUCAAGGGCAUUAUGAUCGUCAUGGGCACUCGAGGGCAGAAUUCCCUGAGGCGAACUUUCAUGGGCAGUGUCAGCGACAGUGUCGUCCACCAUGCUUCCUGUCCGGUCCUCGUGUGCUGUCAUCCUAAAAAUUAG